UCCGUCCGCGCGUCCGCUCGGGUACGCAAACGGCCCAAAACGGACGGCCCAGCGCGUCCGUUUGGGUCGCCCGGUUGGAGAUGCCCUAAACACAUCACAGACGCAAUCACACAGGCGCAUCCUUCGUCUUCCUCCUUCCAGAGCUCCCACGAAGCUAACAUGCUCAACCAGCCAAAAAUGUCGCCACCAUCACCGAAGAAUCCCAACCUUCAUGGUUACCACCUCUGUUUCCUUCUCCUCGUGUCCACCACCACCCUCUCCGCCGCUCUCACCACCUCAUCCUACUCCUCCGUCUGCACCUCCCUGAAACCCGCUUCCGACAGCCACACUGAGGACGACGACUCCCUUUCACUCACCCGCUCCUUCCAGAUAUCCAUCGGUUACUUUUCUGGAGGCGGUGCAGACAGUCUCUUCUCGCCCGACGAUGACCUCGGCAACAGCUACCGUUCAUUUUCCCUUCUCCCCCAUGGCGCCUCCCGCACCAACAACCAAACUCUCGUCCAUCUCACUGCAACCCUCACUCUCACCGGCCCGCGCAGGCGCAGCAGCACCUUCCGGAUCAGUGGAGAACGCUAUAAUUACACAGUCACGGAGUCCAUCUCCUUCUUCCUCGACGGUUUCUACUCCUCUGUCUCACACGAGCUCUGCAUGGUCGGGACGGGCACCGAGCUUGCCGCAGACGGUUCUCUCAAGCGCUACCCGGGCGUUGCCCUCCGCCUCCGCGUCCCUAGUACUCCUAGUCUCGUUGACCCCUUCCUGACCGGCAGUCUAGAGGGCUCCGCCGACUUCGAGGCCAUCCAACUCCUUGCGUACGUCGAGGGCGACGACUACAAGUAUGGCCCCGAGCACGCGGCCUGCAGACCACCAACACAUGCUCCAAGGGGCUCGCUCCAGGCGGUUGGCAACAACUCCGUGUGCGCCCACCUGAAAGAACAUCUCAUGACCUCCUACAGGCUGGAGCACGGGGGCGACCCGCUUCUGCGGUGGCUGCGCAAGCCGAGGAUGCACAUCAACCAGAUGCAGUGCACAACAGAUGGCGCCGUGCGUGCGUACAUGGUGUUCUCCAACGAUACCGGGUCAACCCGGAGGCGAAGGUACCAACGUCAACUCCACUUCUUGGUAGACGAGGAGGCUGCCGUGGCUGAUGGGCAGUGGGACUCUGAUCGGGGCGUUCUCUGCCUAAGGGCGUGCCGGGUGGUGCGCUCGGCGCCGUUUGCUCUGGCGGUGCGAGAGCACGAGUGCGGGAUCAGGAUGAGCUUCUGGUUCCCGGCUAUGUGGACGUUGCGGGACCGGAGCGCCGUGGCCGGGAUGCUUUCGACCUCAACACAAGGAACCAAGGGCAACAACGACGAGGCUGCACUGAGCUCCGGGGCCAUAUCCGUGUCGAGCAUCGACGUCACCGACAACCACAGCAACAACUUCACUGAUGUGAAGUACAGCUACAACGACACGAUGAUUGAGGAGGCGAGGAAGCAUUACCUUAAAAUCAACAAGGGGAAGAUCAAAGGGUCAGACUCAUUCCCGACUAACUAUACUUACCGUGACUUCGAAUUUGGUUACCAAGGGGAGAUGGGGAGUGGACAAGCCUACCCAGUAACAAUCGGUUCUGUGAUGGUGUACGGGGAAAGGCUGGCCGCCGACGAUUCUUUCUCACGGCAUGCCGUGUUUGACUUGAAGCACGAUCUGCUGAAUGUGAGCUACGACAUACACCAUCAUGCUCCACCUGACGGUUGGGUGCGUCCUACGAAUGGGUCUUACUCAGUCACCCUUCAGGAACGACGAAUCUCAGCAGAGGGUGUUUAUGAUCCGAUCCGGGGCCUCCUGUCCAUGAUCGGCUGUCUAGAGCACAACGGUUCGACCGACUGUCGGAUACUUGUAACGGCGCAGUUUGCCUCCCUUGAGGCUAGAGCGCAGGGACACGGCAGGGGAGUAAUAAGCAGCCUCAGAGAGGAGAGCGACUGUCUGUUCUUCAAGAAGAUUGACAUCCAUUUGUACAAGAUGUACUCUAACCAAGUGUCAGAGGCAAUAUCAAGGAUGGACUUGGAGAGCAUCAUGUUGGUGGCCUCCACCACGUUGUCGUGCGUCUUCACCGUCUUGCAGAUCCUCCACACCAAGAAGAACCCUAAGGCAGCCAGGGCAACGUCGAUAACCAUGCUCGGUAUCCUAACGUUGGGGUACCUAACACCUCUUGUGUUCAACUUUGACGCCCUCUUCCUGAGCAGGAGGAGCCGGUACUUUGCGUACUCGAUGAGCGGAUCACUCGAGAUGAAGGAGAUGAUGAUGAGGGCACCUAUUCUGAUUUCCUUUGUGCUGCAGCUGCGCCUCCUUCAGCUGGCGUGGUCUGCUCGCCGAGAAUCAGUUGACCAGACGAUGUCGUCAACCGUCGUGUCGGAGAGGAUUGUGCUGCAGAUAUGCCUGCCGUUGUACAUGCUCGGAGCAGUCGUGGCCGGGAUCGUCCAUGUGAUAAAUGUUCGUGCAGCAAGGGAGGACGCACUAGUCGUUCGCAUCGGCGGAGAGCCAGCCACGAUUUGGGAAGACCUCGUGUCAUACGCGGGUCUGAUACUAGACGGCUUCCUGCUCCCUCAGGUAAUUCUGAACGCGUCCUUAGCAGGCUCCGGAGUUAGAGCAAUCUCGCCGUGGUUUUACAUAGGGUGCACUAUGAACCGCGCGAUUCCUCAUGUGUAUGAUGUAGUCAGGGGCCAGAUCUACGAGCCGAGCAUAAACCCCUCCAACAUAUACGCGAGCCCUCGUAAUGACCUCUUCGGUGUCGCGUGGGACAUUGUUAUACCCUGCGGAGCAGCGUUGUUAGCUGUGCUGUUGUUCUUGCAGCAGCGGCCUCGAGGCGCCACCUCCCUACCUUCACAGAGAUCAGGUGGAUACGAGUUGGUCUCUAACCUCUAGCUCAAAGAAGGGCAGUACUUCUUCAGAGAAAAUGUACUGCAAUAUAUUGUUAAAGGUCUUGUUCAUAUGAUCCUUCAACAUUUUAUCGGGAAUAAAGCUGGUGUCACCUGUCACCUGCUGUGUGGAUCUUCUCAUCGCCGGUUUGCUGUUCACACUGAACCUAUUCUUUUAAGCAAGAGCGGCCAGUCGAGGUGCUAAACAAUUGUCCGGAUUCACAGUAAAUCAACCUCGAUUAUUACAACUAAUGUUGGAAAAUGUCGAUGUCAUUGGGGGGGCAGACUGACACUGGUCAAAACUGUCUUGGCGGCGAUGCCUGUGUUUCAGCUGAUUGCUCUCCUUGUACCUCAAUGGUUCCUUCGGAAGCUUCAAAAGAUCAUCAGGGCAUUUCUUUUGCAAAAGAUGACGCCACAGGAGGCAAGUGUCCAGUCAAUUGGAUCACAGUUUGCUCACCAAGGCGUUUUGCUGGACUAGGCAUUACCAAUCUUGACAGUCACAGUGUGGCGUUGCGUGUUCGAUGGCUGUGGUGCGUCAAGUUUUUGACGCGUUGGCGGUCUUCCAGAUUGGGGAUGGGGCUCACCAGCUUCUGGCACGACUGUUGGCUGUUUGAUCGAUCUCUUAAAGAACAGCUGCCGGAUUUGUUCAAACAUUGCAUGAAGAGGAACCUAUCUAUAAAAGAUGCUCUCAACGAACAACGAUGGAUAAGUUAUUCUCGAAAAAAACAACGAUGGAUAAGGCACUUAAAGAGCAGCCUCUCUUAGCUGGCGAUUCUUCAAUUCAUUGAGCUCUGGGAAAAGUUGCAGGCAGUACAGCUUAAUGCCGGAAAAAAAGACAAUAUUUCAUGGCGUUGGACCUUAAAUGGUCAACUCUUUAUUACCAGCUGCAACCUGAAAGAAGAAUCAACUCUGCCUUGCCUAAUACUGUCUGGGAUUUGGAUGCCCUUUUGAAAUGCCAGU